UCGGAGGGCGGGAACAGGCCGCAGCGGCGGGGCCUAGCGCGGCUUCCCCUUCCUGAGGAGAACCGUCCCGCCCUCGGCGGCCCUGCCGGCUGGCUGAGGCGGCGGGCAGGGCGGGGAGGCUGAGGCGGAGCGGGGAGAGGGAGGUGCCGGAGGGAGCCGGCCGGCCGCUUGCCCUCCCUCCAUCUCCACCCGCCGUGAGGGACGCGGGCUCGGCCGGGCUGCUGGAUAAAAAAUGGCAUUUCAGAAGGCAGUGAAAGGAACUGCUCUCAUUGGAGGAGGUGCCAUAGCAACAGUUUUUGGCCUCUCUCAAUUUUCUCAGUAUAGAAACAAACACGGUACCUUUGUGCAUGCUCAAGCUGCAGAAGCUGUGACUGUUCCAAUAAAGAACGAUUUCCCCACAAGAGAACAACAAAUUCUGGCACUGAAAACCACAAGUGAAUUUGAUGUCCUUGUUAUAGGCGGAGGAGCAACAGGAUGUGGCUGUGCUUUAGACGCAGUCACUAGAGGACUAAAAACAGCCCUUCUAGAAAGAGAUGAUUUCUCAUCAGGGACCAGCAGCAGGAGUACUAAAUUGAUCCAUGGUGGAGUGAGAUAUCUUCAGAAGGCCAUCAUGAAGUUGGAUUUUGAGCAGUACAAGAUGGUGAAAGAAGCACUUGAGGAGCGUGCAAAUCUGCUUGAAAUUGCUCCUCACCUCUCAGCUCCUUUGCCAAUAAUGCUGCCUGUUUACAAAUGGUGGCAGUUGCCAUACUACUGGUUUGGAAUAAAACUAUAUGACAUGGUGGCUGGAAGUCAAUGCCUGAAAAGUAGUUAUGUCCUCAGCAAGUCGAGAGCCUUGGAGCUCUUUCCAAUGCUACGCAAAGACGAGCUGGUUGGAGCGAUUGUCUAUUAUGACGGACAGCACAACGACGCCCGGAUGAACCUCGCCAUCGCCCUCACUGCUGCCAGGUACGGCGCUGCCACCGCCAAUUACGCUGAAGUGCUGCGCCUGCUCAAGACGACAGACCCGGCCAGCGGGAAGCAGCGCGUGUGCGGGGUGCGCUGCAGGGAUGUCCUAACAGGGCAGGAAUUUGAUGUCAAAGCCAAGUGUGUUAUCAAUGCUACGGGACCUUUCACAGACUCUGUGCGCAAAAUGGAUGAUCAGGAAGUACCAAACAUCUGUCAGCCAAGCGCAGGCGUGCAUAUUGUGAUGCCUGGUUAUUACAGCCCUGAUAACAUGGGUCUGCUCGACCCAGCCACCAGCGACGGUAGAGUGAUUUUCUUCCUGCCGUGGGAGAAGAUGACUAUCGCAGGGACCACAGACAGCCCGACUGAUGUUACUUCCCAUCCCAUACCAACAGAAGAAGAUAUAAACUUCAUUUUGAAUGAAGUGCGCAACUACCUUAGUGUUGACGUUGAAGUGAGAAGAGGAGAUGUGUUGGCAGCGUGGAGUGGCAUUCGUCCUCUGGUCACAGACCCCAACUCCAAAGACACGCAGUCGAUAUCCCGGAAUCAUGUCGUUACCAUUAGCGACAGUGGCCUCGUCACAAUAGCAGGUGGGAAGUGGACAACCUACCGUGCCAUGGCGCAGGACACCAUCGAUGCAGCUAUUCAGGCGCAUGAUCUGAAGGCAGGUUCCAGUAAAACUGUUGGGCUGCAGCUCCAAGGGGCUGAGGACUGGAGUCCCACACUCUACAUUAGGCUGGUCCAAGACUAUGGACUUGAAAGUGAGGUGGCUCAGCAUCUAGCUUCCACAUAUGGUGACAAGGCUUUUGAGGUGGCCAAAAUAGCCCAGGUUACCGGAAAGAGAUGGCCCAUUGUUGGAAAGCGUCUUGUGUCUGAGUUUCCUUAUAUUGAAGCUGAGGUUGUCUAUGGUGUUAAAGAGUACGCCCGCACAGCAGUGGAUAUGAUUUCCCGACGUACUCGCUUGGCCUUUCUGAAUGUGCAGGCUGCGGAGGAAGCCCUGCCAAGAAUCGUAGAUAUAAUGGCGAAAGAACUUAACUGGAGUGAGCAGAAAAAAAAGGAAGAAUUUGAAGCUGCUAAAAGAUUUCUCUAUUAUGAAAUGGGCUACAAAGUAAAAUCAGAUCAAUUAACAGACAGCUCUGAAAUCAGUCUAGUGCCUUCAGAUAUUGAAAGGUACAAGAAGCGAUUCCACAUGUUUGACAAGGACAAGAAAGGGUUUAUUACUAUACUGGAUGUGCAGCGUGUCUUGGAGAGCAUCAGUGUGCAAAUUGCUGAAAAUACACUUCAUGAUAUUCUAAACGAAGUGGAUCUGAACAAAAAUGGACAGGUUGAGCUCAAUGAGUUUUUGCAGCUGAUGAGCGCCAUUCAGAAGGGGCACGUGUCGGGGAGCCGGCUGGCGGUGCUGAUGAAGACUGCGGAGGAGAACCUGCGCCAGAGGGGGGUGAUCUCGGUGGACCGCAGCGGCGGGGGGCUGUGAGCUCAAGCACAAGCUCUGCUGGCGGACACCCGGCUGCCUCCCUGCUGCAAAACAUUCCAGUGCUCCUGAGUGUCCUCGCUUGGUCAAGGCGACCAGUGUCUGUCCAGUGGUGUAGCUCUUACAAAAAUCCAUCGGUGCAUUUGUUUUCACUAUUAACGGUUUUCUGUACAGCUCUCAAUACUCCAGUCGUGGCCUUUUGGAUUGGGUGUUCUUUAGGCACAGGGGUUUAUUAACAGGAGGUCAGGAACAUGGUCUAGAAAGAAGUGGGUGCACACACAAGCACGUGUGCGCGUCCUGCCGCCUUCCUUACCUUUUCUGUCACCCUUACCUUCAGAGAAAACUGCUCAGAGGGUGAAUCCCGCCUUUAAAUGCGUUGCAGCAAGUUUUGCAAAUGUGCAUUUAGUGUUUCAAAGCUGCUGAUCCGUCCCCUGCGACAAAGAGCAAGAGAGGGGAGGCCGAUGUCCUGGGUUGGGGACAGUGUCGCACGGGGCUGCCACUUCCCGAGGUGGCGACGACGGGAAGAGCUGGCUGGGCUCGCUCUCUGGAGCGCCCUGUCAUUGCAGUGCUACCAGGGCUUGGCCGGGCAAAAAUAGCAGCAGCGUGAGGCGGGAGAACUGCAAGACAUCUUGAUUAAUCACCCGAGCCGCUAAUUUGGUUAAAAGCUAGGGGACAGCUUUCCUUGCUCCCGUAUUAAUAAAAGUAAGCUUCCUUUAAUAAAUAGCGUUGUCUAGCAGGUGGUGUUUUAUGCUGUAAAGUGCUUCAUACUGUUUCCAGUUUUGGACAAAACCACUGAUGAUAGGUAGAAUAUGGCAGGAUUUGAUAGCAUAAGUCUUAAUUGUUUAUUUCAAAAUUCUCAAACACAAAGUGAAACAAUGAAAUUCGGUUUGCAUUCCACUAACUUUUCUAGAAAAGUGAAAGGGCUAUUUUUCAGCAGAUUAAUGAAAAAAAAAAUUUUUUUAAAAAAAAAAAAGGACCACUUGAGCUGUUUUCGUGGAUCUGGCUGUUUGCCUUUCUGCCGUCGGAUUGCCUGGGUUCCAGGUCAGAGGGAAGAUUUCUGCCUAACGUAGAACAAGGAGGGGGAAAGCAUGAGAAUGCUCUAUUGAUUAAUUUGUCGUUCUGUUAUAGUCUUUGAGCAUAAAUACCAAUUUACAACUCAAAACAAGCUGCAGUCCAAGGUGUCAGAAUUUCUACUUGUGUAAAAUCUGAUAGAUUUUAACCGCUGUCGCCACUUUCACUAAUGGAAAAUACCGGAACAGUAAUGAACAGGAAAGAUUACUUUGGUAUUUUAAAAGGGAAAAUGAUUACAUACACGAAACGGAGAUGCUGAGGGGUGUUAGUGUGUAGCAUAGGAAGUACAGAUGUUGUGUUUGGCUGGAGAGGCAGAGUCCUUUAAAAAAAAAAAAUUAAAAAUUCAGGUGUUUACAAAUAGCGGAUACAAAAAAGAAAGGGGGGGGAGGGGGCAAGCCUCAUUUAAAGUUCAGUAAAUGGUUGUAUUUCCGUCAGUGCAAACAAUGGGUGAAAUCUGAAGGGUAGGAGGCGGUCUCGGGUAAAAUGCCUUUCAGAUGGUUUCUGCAUGUUCAGGGGUUCUUUCGGCGCUGCCUUGUACCCAGACGCAGAUACGGGGGGGGUUACGGCUUUUUGCUGGGAGCCGUGUGCCAGCGAGGCACAGUCCGUGCGAGCGAGGAGCUGGCACGUUUGACAACCCAAGAAUUUAUGUAUGAACAAAGGGGUUUGUUUCUCCGGUCUGGUAAAGUUUUCCUUUUGAAAUGUGUUCGGGUAUAUUCCAGUAAAUUAUGUGAAUGUUUGGCACAACUUCAUAUUUCCAAAGCCCUUUCCAAAUAAGAGCACAAUAACAGGUUUUACAUACAGUGCAGAACUGGGGGGAAAUGAAUGUACAAUACACAGGUUAUUCUGGUUCAGUGAGCAAGGGAAGGAGGGAAGGGGGUUAGGAUUCUACCGAUAACAAUAAUUUAAGGAAAAUAAAAAGAAAAUAAGAAUAAUGAGACCUUUUCCAGGCCACAUAAAGAAAAAUAUUUACAAUGUUUAACAUCUUUUCUAUGGUUUAAAGAAAAAUUCUUCUCCACUUCCCAAUAAAUGGCACUGUUAAGAAUUAAUAAUAUGAGUUACCUGUAAAGCCAGGAUUUCCUGCUUUGUACCCAAAGUGUACUCUGUGUUCUCUUGUUUCAGUAAUAGUGCGUACAGAACGUGACUUUGGGAUUGUCUUGGCUGUGUGUGUGUCUCCGAUAGGAAUUUGCUUUGCAUCUUCGGCACUUCACUGUCGUGCUUCUCUGCUCCUUUGUACGGCACAGCCAGGGCUCCCGCGGCUGCCCUGGGUGACAGGAGAAGGUUGCAUGUGUGGCUGAAAACUGCUGAAUCUCUACAGGAGAAAACCUAGAAGUAUUUAUUUAUCACCUCGCAUUUGUUUCCAGGAGUGGUGGCUUUGUGCUUUGGUUUUUUUCGUGUGAAUGUACUGUAGAAAGAGUUGUGAAAUGUCACUGUCUUGCAUUGUUCUCAUCUAGGUGGAGAAACAGUAAAGUGGUUUUUUUUUUUCCUUUUCUUUUCUUUUUCCUUUUUCUUUUUUUUUUUUUUUGAGGUGGGAGUUGGAUUUCUGGAUGGGGAGGGGGUUUAUUUUGUGUUUUAAAUAAAGCGCACGCCUGGGAGGGGGUGUGCGCCUGUACGUGCCGUGUGUUUAUACAGGGGUGUGUAUAAGAUAGGUGUGGGUGUGCGCACACACAGACCCGCAGCGCGUUUCACACGGGGCGCUCCGGCGUUUGGUUCGGUUACUGCUGUAGACUGAACUGGUAAAUACUGUGUUUGAGGCUGGGUUGUCAUUUUUAUAACUGUCUUGGUGUUUUACUGCCGUUAUUUAUUACUUUUGAUAUACAGAAUGAGCCGCAUGCAUUUAUAGAGCAAUAAGAGGAUGUAUUUAAUGUGCCUUGUUUUUAACUGAGUAAGGACUGAAAGCAUGAAUCAAUAAAACUGAUUAAAAACA